CGCAGGCGGCGUCUUCGCUCCUUGGCUGCAGGUUUUGUCUGCAGCUUCUCGUCUCCGCGGUUUGUGGGAUUCGCCGGAGCAGCUGUCUCGGAUUGCAGAAAACUAGUGUGAGAUAUCAACUGGCUGACAAAUCCACCCAAGGGCCUUGAGAAAGUUUUAGGCUGAGUGAAUCCUGGAACCACCUCAGUAUCUGGUACAACCUAUUGAAAGGAAGAAAAAUUAUAAAGGACAAGAAGUAUGGCAGACGAUAGGAAAGAUGAAGCUAAGGCACCGCACUGGACCCCAGGUCAGAUAGCAGAAGCUUCUUCACAUCCACAUGCUGCAGAGAUGAAGGAGCAAAGUGGCACAGGGGAAGGACUGGUCAGAAGUGCUAAUGGGUUUCCAUAUAAAGAGGAUGAAGCUGGAGAAUAUGGUGCACAUGGACCACAGAGCUCAUAUUCCAGAACCAAAGAGAAUGGAAUCAACGGAGAACUAAGUACAGGAGAGAAAGACACUGCAGAAGAAGUAUCUGCAAGGAUAGUCCAAGUAGUAACUGCUGAAGCUGUGGCAGUUCUGAAAGGUGAACAGGAAAAAGAAGCCCAGCAAAAAGAUCAGCCAGCGCAAUUACCUUUAGCAGCUGAAGAGACAGCUAACCUGCCUCCUUCUCCACCCCCAUCUCCUGCAUCAGAGCAGACUGGAACCCUGGAAGAAGAAGAAGAAGAGGAAGAAGAAGAAACAGUCAAAGGUCCCAUGGCUGAUGACCCCAAACCUGAUGUUCCCCUUGAUGAGAAGCAUGAGAAAAGGAGUGGGCCUGCUGAGCCUUUGGAACAAACAGAGAGUUUCUCAGAGGCCCAGCAGGAUUCCUUUCCUGAAGAUCAAGUGAAUCACAAUGGGGAAAAUAUAAUCCUCAUUGAAAAGGAAACCUCAAAAGCAAAACUGCCUUCCUCCGGUGAGGAAGCCUCGAAGAUGGAAAUCCAUGGACAGGAAGGUACAGGCCUUUUUGCAGCUGCGCCCUUGGGCACCAAGGAACAAGAUAAAGAAGGGAAGCCCAGCGAGCACCCCGCCCAAGGUGCCUUAGUUCCACAGCCAGCAAAAACAGAGACUAUAGGAGUGAGAGACGCACAGCCCACGGGAGAAGAGAUGACAUUCCCAUCUGGGUUGGGAGAGACUUUGGAUGCCACGCUGCUAAAGAAAGAAGAGAAGGCCUCCAUACCUCAAGAGCAAAAGGAUGGGUCAACACAGUUUCACAAGAAAAGUACACUAGAUGAAAAGGCCACCGAGACCCAGAAACCUGCAACAGAAGCACCACCCUUGGAAUCUAAAGAGGAGCAGAUGAAUAUUACAAAAAAUGACUUUACCUCUCCUGCAAGCAUUGGUUCUUCUUCCCCUCCAGAAUCUAUAGUGGACAUAACAGGCACAGUAACAAGUGCCUUUUUUUCUGAAACCUUACCAGCUGUUGAACAUACAUUUGAACCAGAAGAGAGUAGCAAAACAACACAAAAGUCUGCUAUUACAGAGAUUACCAAAGACCUUUCAAAAGAUCAAACAAUGAACAAGGAAGACAUAAAAAUACAGGAAGAAGAAUUUGCAGUGGUGGCUGCAAGUGCCUCACAAGCCAUUGCAGACCAAACCCCCAGCCAGGUUCCUCUUUGGGAAGAAGAAAAAGAUAUGACCGAGGAUGAAAGCGAUGAAGAGAAGUACUCCGUUUCCAGUAGACAAAAGCUCAGAGCAUUAGAUGAUCGACCUCUUGCUAUUUGUGACCAAAACCCAAUGGCUUUGGGUAAAGAAGUUAUGGGAAAAGACACUGAUCCUAAAGAAGCAUGUGAUGCUCACCAAGCAGAAGAUGUGGGGAUAACUGGGGAAUUGACCACAUGGGAUAUUAAAAAAGAGGAGAAAAAACACAGUACUGAGGUCCUGGCAGACCAAUUCAGUAAAGAUUUUUUUCCUGAAAAAGAUGAAGAGUGUUUGGAUAUUGCUGUGUUGCAUGAAACAAUAGAGAAAGCCCCAUCUGAACCACAUAAAGAACCUCAGGAAGACAAAGGUUCUGAAAAAGAAGGGAAAGGUAAAGUGUUUCCUGUUACAGAUUCAGAUCCCCAACAGAUGAGGAUAGAAGAAGAUAAAUCAGGUAUGUCUACAUACUUCGAAACUUCCACUCUUAAAGAUGAAGUUAUCAAGAGGGAUAAAGUACAGCAAGGCAAUGAUUACUAUGAACUGAGUGAUUCAAAAGAACAGAUUUAUGAUGUUUACCAUAAAGAUUCCCUUGUAUCUAAAAAGACUGAUGAAUAUCAGCCAGAGGCAUACCAGCAGCCCAGUCCACCUCAUGAAAUUGGAUACAGUACUCUUGCCCAGAGUUUCCCAGAAGAUGAUUCCAAGGAACCUCGCUCUCCUCCAGAAAGAAUGUAUACUAUUGACCCAAAUGUGUAUGGAGAUAAGAGAGAACUCCACAGUAAAAAUAAAGAUGACUUAACUCUCAGCAGGAGCUUAGGGCUUGGUGGAAGAUCCGCUAUAGAACAGAGAAGUAUGUCAAUUAAUCUCCCAAUGUCCUGCUUGGAUUCUAUAGCACUAGGGUUUAACUUUGGACAUACUCAUGACCUUUCACCUUUAGGUUCAGAUAUUUUAGAUACAGCUAGUGGAGAUGAAGGUGAUGAUUACUUGCCUGCCACCACCCCAGCAGCAGAAAAAGCUCCCUCCUUCCCAACCGAAAGUAGGGAAGAGGAAGAUGAGAAGACAGAAGAGUCCAAAUUCAGAGAAUCAGGAGAGAUUCAGGUGGAGCCUUUAUAUGAAUCACCUUUCCUGGCUAAAGAUUAUUACAAAAAUGGGACUGUAAUGGCUCCUGACUUACCUGAAAUGUUAGAUUUAGCUGGCACAAGGUCAAGACUAGCAUCCAUGAGUGCAGAUACAGAGGUAGCACAACGGAAAUCUGUUCAUGCAGAGGUGGUUGUUGAGGACAGUUCUGCAAUCCAGCACCUUAUGACUGAUGAAAACCACAUGAGUCUAAAAGCUGACAGCCAAAUAGAAGACUUAGGCUACUGUGUUUUCAACAAAUACACAGUACCGCUACCAUCUCCAGUUCAGGACAGUGAGAAUUUGACAGGAGAAAGCUGCCCCUUUGAGGAGAAAAUGAGAAGAGGUGUAGUUACAGAUCUCUCAUUGAUAGAAGUGAAGUUGGCAGCAGCUGAGAGAUCCUGUGAUGAAAAAGAGGUCUCUGAUGACUCAGCAGUUUGGGGUCAGGACUUUGAACAGGAGAGAAAAGCUAUUGAUAAAUUAGAUACUGUGUUAGAAAAAAGUGAGGAACAUGCUGAUGCUAAAGAAAUAUCUUUUCCUGAGGAUACUGAACAUGAAAUAAAGCUUGGUUCAGAGUUAGCGGAUGUUAAUGAUAAAACUCUAGUUGGACCAGAAGGAGUUUCUUCAUUAACUCAGAAAGAGGAAAGUGCUAUUUGUGUUGCUGCAGAGAUAGACGAGGCAGAAAUGUCCUGCAAACCAGACUAUGAUGCUAUAAAGCUUGAUAUGGAUUCUGCUGCUCGGCAAGUGGAACAGGAAUAUCAGAGUAAGUUAGGAGGUCAUAUCACUGAAUUAGUUUCAAAGGAGAAUAAAGAAGAUCCAGAAAAGAACCUCUUUACAGUAAAUCAAGAACCCGAUCUAUGUGCAAAAAUGGAGUCUAGUCAUAUGAAAGAUACAGCCAGACUGUCUGAAAUUGAAGUUAAGGAAAAAGGAGCCAAGCCUGAUCUGGUGCACCAGGAAGCAGUAGAUAAAGAAGAAUCUUAUGAGUCUAGUGGAGAUAAUGGUCAAGUGCAAGAGGGCUUGUCUGGAGAAAUUUCAAAGCCAUGUGAAGGCAAAAUACAACAAGAAAGCCCAUCUCUAUCAGAAGAAAAAAAUGCAGCACGUUUUCCAUUGGGACAGCCUGUUACAGAAACAGAUAUGUCAAAAGUUGGUCAAGGAGAAGCGACAGAAACUCAAAGGGAGAACAUAAUACAGCACGAAGAAGAUCAGGUAGAUACUUUGGCAUUAGUUGGCACUGAGAAUGCUGAGAAUUUACCCUGUGAUUUAAAAUAUGAGAAAGUAAAAGGAAAUGUGGAAGAAGAACAAAAGGAAGAGAUUAAGCAGAUGGAAGAACAAGAGGAAGAUUUUAAGAAAACAGAAGAGGAAAUCAAGCACAGGGAAGAACAUAAAGAAGAGAUUAAAAAUGCAGAACAACAUGAAGAGAUUGAGCAAGUGAAACAUGAGGUAGAGAUUGAGGAAGAUGAACAUAAAGAAGAGAGUCAGCAGAAAGAAGGGGAAGAAAUCAAGCAAGCAGGUGGAUUAGAGGAGGAAAAAGAUCAAGAAGAGGAAAUCAGUAAGCCAACAAGUAAAGAAGAGAACUUGGAGAGACCUAGUGAAGAAGUCUGUAAAGCUAUCCCUGUGGAGAUACCUGAGCUCAAAGGAGCAGUAGAAUCUGUUGUUACAGUUGAGGAUGAUUUCAUUACAAUAGUACAGACAACAAUUGAUGAUGGAGAAGCCGAUUCCUACAGUGUUCGCUUUGCUGAAGCUGCACAGACUGAUACAGGAGGAGAAGGUUUCCAUACUGAGGAAGAGCUGGAUAUGGAGGCCGAAGUGAUUGUUCCUGUUGAAGCAGACUCAAAAGAAAGAUCUCUAGAACCUCCUGGCUCACCUGAACAGGAAGAAAUCCCAUUAACCGACUACAAGACAGAAAUGUAUGACGAUUAUAAAGACGAAACAACAAUUGAUGACUCAGUCCUGGAGACCGACAGCAUAUGGGUGGAUACUCAAGAUGAUGAUAGGAGCAUCAUGACGGAACAGUUAGAGAUUGUUCCUAAAGAGGAGAAAUCAGAGAGAGAAUUGCGGAGACCGUCUCUUGAUAAACAUAAAAAAGAAAAACCUUUAAAAACUGGGAGAGGCAGGAUUUCUACUCCUGAAAGAAAAAUAGCUAAAAAGGAACCUAGCACAGUCUCCAGAGAUGAAGUGAGAAGGAAAAAAGCUGUGUAUAAGAAAGCUGAACUUUCUAAAAAAGCUGAAGUUCAGGCUCACUCUCCUUCCAGGAAAAUCAUUUUAAAACCUGCUAUCAAACAUACUAGACCAACUCAUCACUCCUGUGUUAAGCGGAAGCAGACAGCUGCUGGUGGUGAAAUAAACCAGACGCCUGGGGUGUUUAAGCAAGCAAAGGAAAAACUUUCGACUUCUUCUUUGUCAAAGAUUCCUGCCUCAAAGAUUAGAGCAAAGUCAUUGCUUCCUCCAAGACCCAGCUCUGCUUGCUCACUAAUCACCACUAAAAAAGUUGCUUUGCGCAAUAAAGACAAUUAUAUUGCAUGGCCCUCUUCAGUGGGCCCAAGGGACUAUUCAGAAACAGCGCAGGAUGGAAUAACCAAGAGUCCUGAAAAGCGUUCAUCUUUACCAAGACCUUCUUCCAUUUUACCCGCCCGAAGAGGUAUCUCAGCAGACAGAGAACGAGACGAGAAUUCUUUCUCCCUGAACAGCACCAUCUCCUCCAUACGACGAACUACGAGAUCAGAGCCUAUUCGAAGCCGAACAGGGAAAAGUGGUACAUCAACCCCAACUACUCCAGGAUCAACUGCCAUCACUCCUGGAACACCACCUAGCUAUUCUUCUCGUACCCCAGGAACACCUGGGACCCCUAGUUAUUCCAGAACCCCACACACACCAGGUACUCCCACAUCCACUGAGAAAAAGGUUGCUAUCAUACGCACACCUCCAAAAUCUCCAGCAACGCCUAAGCAACUUCGUGUGAUUAAUCAACCUCUACCAGAUCUCAAGAAUGUCAGGUCCAAAGUCGGGUCAACAGACAACAUCAAGUAUCAACCUAAAGGGGGACAGGUUAGGAUUUUAAACAAGAAGAUUGAUUUUAAUGAUGUACAAUCCAGAUGUGGUUCAAGAGAUAACAUCAAACAUUCAGCAGGGGGAGGAAAUGUGCAAAUUGUAACCAAGAAGAUAGACUUGAGUCAUGUGACUUCUAAAUGUGGCUCCCUGAAGAAUAUCCGUCAUAGGCCAGGUGGGGGUCGAGUGAAAAUUGAAAGCGUGAAACUGGAUUUUAAAGAAAAGGCCCAUGCCAAGGUUGGCUCACUUGAAAAUGCCCACCAUGUGCCUGGAGGAGGUAACAUCAAGAUCGACAGCCAGAAACUCAGUUUCCGAGAGCACGCAAAGGCCCGCGUGGACCACGGCGCUGAAAUCAUCACCCAGUCUCCUGGCCGAUCCAGUGUGGCCUCUCCUCGGAGGCUCAGCAAUGUCUCCUCCUCCGGCAGCAUCAACCUGCUUGAAUCUCCUCAACUUGCUACCCUGGCUGAAGACGUCACUGCAGCCCUCGCUAAACAGGGCUUGUGAAUUUGCUUUGUUAGCAGUGUUUGAAGUCAUAAUAUUUAGGCAUGAGCUCUUGCCAGGAAUGGGCUCUGAGCAGGUGUUAACAUUCAUUCUUCACUAUGUCUAAAAUCAAGUCACAUCCCAAGACUGUAGUAACCAUAAAAUAAAAACUGGGGGAAAGAUCCAUAUAGAUGCAGAAACUGGCCUGAUUUCCAAUUACAGCAGGAAGAUCUUGGCUUUUCUAUGGGUACAAUUGCAGUAUAUUACAUUGGACAAUUGUUGUUGCUCUGCUCUGUCUUGCAUGGAGUAUGUACUAUGAUAACAAUGCAUUUUGACCUUCCAUGUGCCUGAAGGCCAUCCACUACUUUUUGAAGAGCCUUGUUCAACCCCUUGAGUUGCUCAUUUGACUGUUUUGUUGAUGGAUGGAAUUAAGGAGCAUCUCUCCCUGUAAUUUAUCAACAGGUUAAUUUAAGCAGGAGAGUCUGAGGACCACGUAGAAGGGCAAAUAAUGAUGUCAACACUUCAGAAAGGGUGGGGUUAUUUUAUAUAAAUGGGUAGAAGAAAGAGGCAAUUAAGUUAUUAACGUUGUGGAAGUUGGAUAAUUAUGUCAGUGUAUAGCUGAUUACAAUAAAUUAUUUAAUGAUUAAAUAAGUAGUGGGGGAGAAUCAUAUGAGCUGUCCUGGGGAAGCAGCAUUUUCUUUUUUAAGAGCAGUUACUGAAAUUAAGCAAUGGAGUUAUGUCAGAUUAGAAUAUUGGUUAAGCAACUAGGUUUGUGUCUUCACUACUGGUUUC